AGCAAUUAAUUGGGAGCACAGGAAUGAAGAUGAAAGCUUCGGAAUGGGAAUGUAAUAAGGGGAGCAGGAAAAGGGAGCAAUCCCAAGGGGAGAUUUCGAAACAAACAACAACAGGAGCCGAUCAGUUUGGGGGGGAUUUUUGCAUGCAAAAGGAUGGAUCAUUAAGGAAUUCCAUGCAUAGGAGAUGGCUCGGGAUCACGGUAUAAAAGCCUAUAGGACAGAAGCCUUUUCCAUCCACUUCUCCUGCCUCGUUCACCCCGGGAACAGACCGCCUUCCAUCCCAAGAAAUGUCCUCCUACGAUUUGUGUUGUCCCACCUCCUGCGGCCCCACCCCGCUGGCCAACAGCUGCAACGAGCCCUGCGUCCGGCAGUGCCAGGACUCCACCUACGUGAUCCAACCCCCGCCCGUGGUGGUCACCCUGCCCGGGCCCAUCCUCAGCUCCUUCCCCCAGAACACCGCCGUGGGAUCCUCGGCGUCCGCGGCCAUCGGGAGCACCCUCAACUCCGAGGGCGUCCCCAUCAACUCGGGGAGUUCCUCGGGAUUUGGGGGCUUUGGGUACAGCCGGCCCUCCCGCCGCUACAGCUCGCGCUUGGGGGAGCCGUGCUAAGGGAAAAGCGGGAUAAAGCAGCCCGGAAUGCUGGAGCAUGACCCGAUGCAGGACUGAGCUUCUGCUCCAGAUGUGAUGGGAGACGGCCACAGCUCCGCCUGAGCUGUGGGAGCUCCUCAAUCCAGGCCUUUGCUUGUCUUAUUCUUUGAUAUUUCAUAUUUCUGAUGAAGUAUUUUUAUUUCCUGUCGCUUUGUUGUCUCAGUCCACGGCAGCUCCGAGAGAAGAAUCCCAGGAUGAAAAGCCGUAAGAGUUCUUGUUGAAUCCUAGAAAUAUUUACUUACACUUUGUACUUUUUUAUUCUGCUGUUUUGCUCUCAUUAAAGUCCCAAAGUUGCAUCACA